AUGGCCGCCACCAAGAAAGUCGCCGUCAUCGCGACAAGCACCCGCACCCCUCGCAUCGGGACCAAGGUCGCCGAGCUGGUCAGGGACGUCAUCGCGCCAGACGCCGCCGCCGCCGACGUCGAGCUCGCCUUCGUCGAGGUCGCGUCCUUCAACCUGCCCGUCUUCGACGAGAAGCUCCUCCCCGCGCAGGUGCCGGCCUUUGGCGAGUUCGCCCACGAGCACAGCCGGGCCUGGAGCCGCGAGAUCGCCCGCCACGACGCCUACGUGCUCGUCGUGCCCGAGUACAACUACGGCCUCGCGGGCGGGACCAAGAACGCCAUCGACUACCUGUACAACGAGUGGAUCGGCAAGCCCGUGGCCAUCGUCAGCUACGGCAUCGCGGGCGGCAACUCGGCGUCGUCGCAGGCGCAGAAGACGCUCGAGGGCAUGAAGCUCCGCGUGGCGCCCACGCGCCCGGCGCUGCCUUUUGCCGGCGGGGGAACCGGCCCGGACUUGAUGGCUGCCAUUGGGGGUGAGAUCGGCGACGAGUCGCGGGAGAACUGGAAGGCCGAGGCCGAGACGAUCCGGAAGGCGUUUGCGGAGCUGAAGGAGCUCCUCGACGCGCCGCCGCCGCCGCCGCCGCCGGCCAAGAGUGAGAGCUGA